AUGGAUGUCGAACAAUCCGCCGGAAUCUUUGGCGCGUCGGACGCUGCCGAGACGGGCAAAAAGAAGCAAAGUGAUCGCUCCAUUGCCGAGGACCGAUCCAUCGGCCAUGGAGAGAAUGACUUGCUCGGCGGAGAGAAAGUCGACGCGGUGCUUGCGGCCAAGAUGGUUCUGGUGAACGAUACCAUCGAUGAGAUCGGAUUCACCCCUCAUCACUGGAAGUUGUUCUGUCUCAACGGCUUCGGUUACGCCGUCGACUCCUUGAUCCUGUUGAUUCAGUCCAUCAUCUCCACGCAAGCCCGGAAGGAGUUCCAUCCCGGAUACGCGACGGGUCUCACCAUUGCUGUCUAUGUGGGCAUGCUGGUCGGCGCCAUCUUCUGGGGCUUCUCGGCGGACAUCAUUGGCCGCCGCUUCGCCUUCAACGUGUCCCUAUUCGUCUCCUCCAUCUUCACAGUGGUCGCGGGUGCUUCUCCAUCCUGGGUCACUCUGGGUCUGUUUGUCUGUCUGAGCGCCUUUGGGGCGGGAGGAAACCUGGUCCUGGACACGACUGUGUUCCUCGAGUAUCUGCCCAGUCGAGAUCAGUGGCUGUUGACUUUGAUGGCGGCCUGGUGGGGUCUGGGCCAGUUGAUUGCCGGAUUGUUUGCCUGGGGAUUUCUCCCGAAUUACUCCUGUGAGGAUGCCGCCGAUUGUACUCGGCACAACAACCAGGGAUGGCGCUACAUCUGGUACACUUCUGGAGCGUUCGUCUUUGUGCUCUCCAUUCUCCGAAUCACCAUCAUCCGCCUCGAGGAGACGCCCAAGUUUCUCCUGACCGAGGGCAGAGAUGCCGAUGCGCUCCGUGUCCUGCAGAACAUUGCGACAAAAUACCAACGGCCUUGCAGUCUCACUCUCGAGCGGUUGGAAGCCUGUGGGACGACUCAGACCCGCUCCACCUCCGCGGUUGGCCUCUCCCAGCGUCUCAUCUCGCCUAAGGAAGUGUUCCUCCAUUUGCAAGGGCUGUAUGCAACCCGCCGAAUGGGUUGGUCAACGACUCUGGUGUGGUUCUCAUGGCUCCUGAUCGGCCUGGCAUAUCCUCUCUACAACGUCUUCCUUCCGACAUAUCUGGCCACGCGCGGGGCCAGCUUCGGGCAAUCCAGCCAAUACAUCACGUGGCGCAACUAUGCCAUCAACAACACUUGCUCCAUCUUUGGCCCAGUGGUUGCGGGCUUCAUGUGUCGCUCUCGCUGGUUUUGGGGUCGACGGGGAACCAUGAUCAUUGGUGCUUUGAUCACCAUGGUCUUUUUCUUCUGUUACACCCAAGUGCGCACGGCGAGCCAGAAUCUUGGGUUCACCUGUGCCAUCUCUUUCUGCCUGAACAUUUACUAUGGCACUCUGUAUGCCUACACACCCGAGGUCUUCCCUUCUGCACAUCGCGGAACCGGGAAUGGAGUGGCCAUCGGUCUCAACCGAAUCAUGGGCAUUGUCAGUGCGGUGGUUGGAAACGCCGCGAAUACAAACACACCCGUUCCAAUCUUCAUUUGUGCCGCACUCUACAUUGUGAUGGCCAUCGUGGCGGCAGCAUUCCCGUUCGAGCCAUAUGGCCGGCGCAGCAGCUGA